UUGUUCUGAACAUGCUAAAGGUCAGUGAGGCAGCAAAUCAUAGGACGUUCUGAUCAAAUAUGCAUCAGUUUUGGGUGAUACCGAUAGGCCACAUUUUCCUUGACCAAAUGUGCACUCGUCCCUUCAGCGUCACGUGGAGGCCAGCGUGGAGGGCGUCCUCAAGCAGCUCAUACUAGAACAUCUGCAGCUGGCUUCUCUACAGCGGGAUCUGACUGUGACGUGAUGGCAGACUGCAGGGUCGGAGACGAUGUGCCAUUAGAGGUCAAACUGACCAACCGCAGCAAGAGCGUCAUCGGAUCGUUCUCUCUGACCGUCGUCCCCUUCCAACACUACCAGAACGGAGUCCAAAACUACGACCUGCAGGAUACCGUCUCUUUCAUCAGCGCCAGCACCUUCUACAUCUGCACGGUGAACCCUACAGAGAACUCGGUGUGUGUGUCUUCUUAUACACCGGUGAUUUCUAUCCGAAUAUCAAGUUCCAAGAUGACAGCACGUCCCGUGACCUGCCGCCCACCUGGUUCUGUCUGCCCAGCAUCCAAAAGCCCAGGAGCCAGUCGAACGCUGAACUCUGACCUUUGACCUUUGACCUGACGGACUCAGUAUAUUUGAGUCUAGAGUGAGUGCAUUUCUAGUGUAUGAUGCAUUUAGAGUUUAAAGAUCGAGUUUGUGCCAAAUCCUCUACUUUACACUCCGUUCUGAAGCCCUCAUUCUCCUCUUUAGAGACAGACUAAAGGAUGAAGAACAUUUUUCAGGUAACCACUAACUGAAAACAUCUAAGGAGGGAUAACAAUUUGGUCCGGAAUCGUUCUUUUUAAGUGAUCGUGACUGUGAAGAAAUGCAGAAUGUGCUGGACUGCACAACAACGUCAUGCUUCUAAUCCAUGAAUCAU